AGUUGAAGGAAGACAAGCGCGCGCGCUUCUCGUACACUUGGCGCAUGCGCGCUGUAGAACCUUCGUGCGUGUUUAAGUGUUUUACGUGUAUACUGAAAACAAGAAAUAAACAUGAAGCUCCAUUUUAAAGUGUUCGACAUCAUACCGGCGCGGUUUAGCGUGGCCGUCAUGCUAUUUUUCGCAUGCUGGAUCAAUUACAUGAUGCGAGUGAACAUGAGUGUGAAUAUCAUCGCCAUGGUACCCGAAGAUGACCAAUCUACCUCGGUGAAAAGCGAAUGCGAGGCCAUUGCGAAUAACGACAGCUUAUUAUCAAACGUCAGCGCAACAGUGGUAACAAAGCGGCACUUACGGCAGCCUGAAGGAGUAGUUACGUUCACAUGGACGGCUCAACAGCAAGCGUACGUUCUUUCGGGAUACUUCUGGGGAUACGCUAUAACUUGCUUAAUUGGAGGUACGGCUGCGGAACUGUGGGGACCUAGGAAGGUCGUGUUCAUUACGAUGCUGAUUAGCGCCGUUCUCACUAUUCUUUCACCACUAGCAGCGAGGCUGCACUAUUUGGUGUUAGUAGCCGCCCGUUUCAUCACUGGACUAGCUUCAGGCUUCCUGUUUCCUUCACUACACGCUCUUGUAGCCCACUGGGCUCCUCCAGCAGAAAAAGGCAAAUUUGUUAGUGCUCUAUUGGGCGGUGCCAUUGGAACUGUUGUUACGUGGUCACUAACUGGACCUGUGAUUGAAAACUUUGGUUGGGAUUACGCUUUCUAUAUACCUGGUAUCAUUUCUUUAGUUUGGUGUGCUUUUUGGUGGUUCAUAGUUUAUGAUUCCCCGGUGAAGCAUCCGCGUAUUUCAGACAAUGAGAAGAAAUAUAUUUUAGAUGCAAUUGGCGAUAAAGUAAAUCAAAGCUCCAAGAAUACUAAGAUGGUACCACCGUUCAAGAAGAUAUUAACCUCUUUUCCCUUCUUGGCGAUGGUUGUACUCCACUAUGGCAGCAAUUGGGGCUUUUACUUUGUGAUGACAGCCGCCCCUAAAUUUGUAUCAAGUGCGUUAGGAUUUAACCUAACAUCGACGGGCACACUCUCGUCGUUGCCGUAUUUGGCACGGAUGUUGUUUUCGUUGAUCUUCGGUGCUAUAGGUGACAGGAUCGUAAAACAGAAUGUUGUGUCCACUACAUUCAUGAGAAAGUUCUUCUGUCUCUUCUCUCAUGUAGUACCAGGACUACUUCUGAUUGGCUUGGGAUACACGGGUUGUAAUCCCAUCCUCUCUAUAGCACUUAUCACUUUCGCUAUGGGUUCUAACGGGGCUGCUACCCUAACAAAUCUAGUCAACCACCAGGAUUUGGCUCCCAACUUCGCCGGAACAUUGUACGGUAUUGCAAACGGAAUAGGCAAUACCGCUGGAUUUGUUACUCCUAUGUUAACUGCGCACUUCACUAAAAAUGGGAAUGGAUUUGCGGAAUGGCGGCCGGUAUUCAUCACGGGCGCAUCUUUGUACAUCGCUUCUGCAGUUUACUUUAUUCUGUUCGGCACUGGCGAGACGCAGUCUUGGAACUACGUAGCGCCGGUGGAGGAAGAUGAACAGGACAAAAGACCGAGUGGCAACUCCACUGACACCACUGUCACAAUUCCUGUAAAGACGUAAAAUAAUGAGAGCGAGUUAUAUAACGUUCGCGAUUCAGGAGUCCUUUUCCGUUUACAAACCGCAAUAAUAUUUUAAACAGUUGGUAUUUCGCAACUGUUUAGAUUCCAACGCGGAUUUAUUUUAAAAUCCUCUGGCCAUAAAUAUAGAAAAAGCUUGUUAUUGUAUACAAUGAUUUAAAAAAUAUAUAUUUAUACAGUAAUUGGCACUUGAAGUAACAUAAUAAAAAUAGUGCCAGCCAAAAUCUUGCCUAUUGUUUUAAACAAUGUAGGACAAAUAUAAAAUAAUUAUUAUGGACAGUUUGAAUUAACGCGUGUUGUGAGCGUAGCUUUUAUUUAAAAAUUAUAAUGAUAUUGUGUAUGUCAGUAGUAGUGAUAAAAUCACGUAGCCUUAUACUAUCCUUGUCGUAAUGUUAAAAAUGGACGAAUUGAAAGUAUAGUAAAUAUAUUAAUGUAAAUUAAUUAGGUUUAAGUUUACUUUAAGUAAAAAUUUGAGUUAAUAUUCAACGUCAAUGACUGUGAUGAAUUGUGUAUAUGAGUGAAAAUUAAUUUACCAAUUAAAUUAUUCAAGCAUAUCUAUUAUAUUAUGUUUGUUUCUGUUGUUAUAUUAAUAGUUAAAUUAUUAUUUAAGUGCUAAUUUACCAAGGGUGUGAAGGAAAACAUGAGGAAAGAUUAAGUAUACAAGAAAUAAAACUAUUUCAGCAUACAUAUAUUAUGUGUAGGCCGCCAACGUGCACUAUUAAUGGCGGCGGACUAAUAAGCGGAAAAGUAAAUGGUCACGUUUUCCAUUACUCAAAAAAUUGAGAGGAGACCUGCUUCCAGUAUUUAUUUAUUUAUACUGAAUUGGACACCUUAAUAAAAAGGACUACAAAGGGCGGACUUAAUACCUUUUGGCAUUCUCACACAACCAACCCGGGACGCCUGGAAAUAAUAUGAUAGGUGUCAAAAAUAAAAAGAACGCUAUAGUAAAUGAGAAAUAUAAGUAUAUAUUAUAAAUGCAAACACAUAUAUAACAUAAACUUAUAAAUAAACAUACAACAGAGGUAACCAAAUGGUAUUUAUUCAUGCAGCCUACGAAACGUCCACUGCUGAACAUAGGUCCACCCUAUAGGUUGAUUGUUUGCUACAGUUGCCAAGCUUAUAAUAAUAAAAAAUCUAUUGGUAAAUCCAAUUCUGCAUGCCCUAAGCGCAUUAAAAAAAUUACGUAUAACAUGAUUAUACGGAAUUUUUUUAAUGUACUUAGUUUAAAUACACACAAGUUUUCAGUAAUAACCCUAUUAUACUAAUUUUCCAAUAAUUUUUUGUCAAACUUCAAUUUAAAAAAAGUUUUGAAAAUCCAAAAGUGCACGACUCAUAAUGCUCAUAAUUAAGAUCAUCAUAUCAUCUUUCAGGUCAUUCCAUAAAGUCAAAAACGUAUUUAAUAAUUUUGAUUUGUCAUUGUGUGCGUUAGCUAGUGAAGUACAUUUUACUUACAAGAACUAUCGAAAAAUUAUUGUUAAGGGAGCAC